AUGGGGAACUCGAGGUUUAGCACUUCUACGCCGGUACUUAAUGGUAGUGCCACCAGCACCGCAACCGCAGCUACCACCACCACUACUGCCGUACCGGCUGCUACUGCUACACCACAGCAGCAAAAGUUCACAUACCACAUCUCGGCAUCCUUCGCCGCGAAGCAGAAGCGCUUCAGUCCGACGACAAACAUAUUCAACUUCAACCCCUACAACCGCGUUCAGGACUCCGCGCGCCGAAAGUCACGCCCGGACGCGGGACAAGAUGCCUUCUUUGUCUCACGGAUUAACGAUAGUGGCGCCGUCGCCGCGGGAGUGGCGGAUGGCGUGGGCGGGUAUGCCGAGUCCGGGAUCGACUCUGCAGACUUCUCACACACUUUCUGCGAGCGCAUGGCUACGGCCGCUCACCAAGCGACCACCGAAAGCGUCAGCGCAAAACAACUUAUCGAGACGGGAUACCGCCGCAUCCUGGAUGAGGACGCAAUCGCGGGCGGCGCAAGCACGGCCUGUGUCGGCGUCGCGAAACCAGAUGGACAGCUCAAUGUCGCAAACCUUGGUGACUCUGGCUUCCUCAUCAUCCGCCAAGGAAAGAUCCACUAUGCAUCCGCCCCGCAAACCCACGAUUUCAACACCCCCUACCAGCUCGCAAUGAUCCCAAAGAAGCUUCUUGCCCAGGCGCGCCAGUUUGGUGGCGGGCCGUUCUCGGACGAGCCGGCGGACGCACAGGUGUCGACGCACUCGCUGCGCAACGGCGACGUCGUUGUCUUUGCGACCGACGGCGUCUGGGACAACCUCUCGAUCCAGGACGUGCUGCGCGUCGUCACGGACGAGAUGCAGAUCGGCAAGGGCUGGGUCAACAGCGGCGACGUGGGAAUAGUCCCAGCGCCGAACUUGGAGGGCGUGGCCGCGAAGACGGACGGAAAGGGAAUACAGGCGCAGGUUGCGAGGGCAAUUGCGACGAGGGCAAAGAGCGCGAGCGUCAGCACAAAGCUGGACGGGCCGUUUGCCAAGGAGGUGCAGAGGCUCUUUCCGGGGGAGAACUUCCAUGGUGGGAAGAAGGAUGAUAUAUGUGUAGUUUGCAUGGUUGUAGUCGAGGCAAAGGGCUCGACGGCACCGAAGUUGUAG